CGGUCCCCGCUCACGUCACCGCCGCCGUCACCUGCCCAGGAAACGCGGCGUCACCGGGAACGGCAUCGGGAACGGGAACGACAACAGGAACGCGAACGGCAUCACCGCUCCCUUCGCCGCUUCCACCCGGUGUUACCGGGCCCGACCCCGCGCUCCGGUGCCCGUAGCGAAGCGUUCGGCGCCUUUAAAGCCGUCGCCGCCCCGUUACCGGAGGGUGGGUGCUCGGUGAAGCGAACGGGCACGCCCAGGGCGGCGCGUCCGGAGCCGAGCGCCCGCGUUGGCAAUGGGGGGCCACAGGGACGGCUACUACAGCAAGCACGGGGCGCCGCAGAAGUAUGACCCAACGUUCAAAGGUCCCAUCUACAACAGGGGCUGCACGGACGUCAUCUGCUGCAUCCUGCUGGUCCUCGCCAUCGCGGGCUACGUGGCGGUGGGCAUCGUGGCCUGGAGCUAUGGGGACCCCCGGAAGCUGAUCUACCCCACUGACAGCCGCGGGCAGUUCUGCGGGCAGGAGGGCACCUCCAAUGAGGGGAAGCCUUUCCUCUUCUACUUUGACAUCGUGAAGUGCGCCAGCCCCGUGGCGCUGCUGGAGUUCCAGUGCCCCACCACGCAGAUCUGUGUCAGCGAAUGUCCAGACCGGUUCCUGACGUACCUGAGUGCCUACAGCUCGUCCCAGGAGCUGGAAUACUACCGCAACUUCUGCGUCCCCGAGUUCAAAGACCUGCAGAAGGAUCCCAUCCAGGUGUUGAAGGACAACGAGUGCCCGGCCGUGCUUAUCCCCAGCACCCCACUGGUGCGGCGAUGCUUCCCGUCCAUCCAAGUCAAGAAUGGAGUCGUCAUGGUCGACAACGAGACCACCUACGACGACGGUCAGGGUGGCGUUAGGAACGUCACCGAGCUGCUGGAAGGAGCCAAGAAAGCCAACCUGGUCCUGGAAGCCAGAGAACUGGCCAUGAAGAUCUUUGAGGACUACACGGUCUCCUGGUACUGGAUAAUCAUAGGCCUCGUGAUCGCGAUGGUGGCCAGCUUGAUCUUCAUCAUCCUGCUCCGCUUCCUGGCCGGGAUCAUAGUGUGGGUGAUGAUCGUGAUGGUGAUCCUGGUGCUGGGCUAUGGAAUCUUCCACUGUUACAUGGAAUACGCGAAGCUGAAAGGGGAAGCGGGGUCUGACGUCUCCGUGAAGGACCUGGGCUUUCAGACCGACCUGCGCGUGUACCUGCACCUGCGGCAGACGUGGCUGGCCUUCAUGAUCAUCCUGAGCAUCGUGGAGGUGCUGAUCGUGCUGCUGCUCAUCUUCCUCCGCAAGAGGAUCCUCAUCGCCAUCGCGCUCAUCAAGGAGGCCAGCAGAGCCAUUGGUCACAUCAUGAUGUCACUGCUGUUCCCGUUGUGCACCUUCUUCCUGCUGUGCCUCUGCAUUGCCUACUGGGCCAGCACCGCCGUCUUCCUCGCCACCUCCAACGAGGCCGUUUAUAAGGUGUUCAACGAGUCCACGUGCCCGUUGGCGGGGCAGCCCUGCGAACCCGCGACCUUCAACACGAGCAACAUCACCACGCUGUGCCCCGAUGCCCAGUGCCUCUUCGCGUUCUAUGGGGGCGAGACGGCCUAUCACAAGUCCCUCAUCGUGCUCCAGUUCUUCAACCUCUUCAUGUUCUUCUGGCUCAUCAACUUCGUGAUUGCGCUGGGCCAAGUGACGCUGGCCGGAGCCUUCGCAUCCUACUACUGGGCCUUCAAGAAGCCCGCUGACAUUCCGGCUUUCCCGCUCUUCGCCGCCUUCGGCCGCGCGCUCCGGUACCACACCGGCUCGCUGGCCUUUGGCUCCCUCAUCCUCGCCAUCGUCCAAAUCAUCAGGGUCAUUCUGGAGUACCUGGACCACAGGUUGAAAGCUGCCGAAAACAAGGUCGCCAAGUUUCUCCUGGGCUGCCUCAAAUGCUGCUUCUGGUGCCUGGAGAAGUUCAUCAAGUUCCUCAACCGAAACGCCUACAUCAUGAUCGCCAUCUACGGCACCAACUUCUGCGCCUCUGCCCGCAACGCCUUCUUCCUGCUGAUGAGGAACAUCAUCAGGGUGGCUGUGUUGGAUAAAGUCACGGAUUUCCUCCUCUUCCUCGGCAAACUCCUCAUCGUGGGAGGUGUCGGAAUCCUCGCCUUCUUCUUCUUCACCCAUCGGAUAAAGCUGGUCGAGGACACGGCGCCGACCCUGAAUUACUACUGGGUCCCUAUUCUGACGGUGAUCGUGGGCUCCUACCUCAUUGCCCACGGGUUCUUCAGCGUCUACGGCAUGUGCGUGGACACCCUCUUCCUCUGCUUCUGUGAAGAUCUGGAGAGGAACGAUGGAUCUCCCGAGAGGCCUUACUACAUGUCCCCUGAGCUGAGCGAGAUCCUGCUGAAGGGGACCCUAGAGCCUUCCAAAAGCACCGAUAGCCAGGGCUAAGGGGGGGCCGCGCGCCGGCGGGGCCCCCCGACCCCAGCAGCCUUCUCCUAAGCCUGUGCUUAGCGCAGAUCUUCCCCCCGAUGCCCUUCGAUGCCUUGAGGGUGGAGGGGGCCCGAUUCCUCAGCGCCUGCCCCACCUCCCUGCCCCGCGACGACUGUUCUAAUGCGAGGACGAACCUCGGGGGUCCCCCAGAGUUAAGCUGGGGUCCCACGUGUCCGCAGAGCGCCCGGUGGGACACCCAUGGGUGCUGAUACGGUGCUGGUGAAGCAGAGAUCUUUGCUCCUCCGGGCCAGCUCUGCUGCGGGCGGGAGGUGACUUGUGCUGGGAUGUGCUCGGGGGGUUCCGCAGCCCCAGAGCUGGUCUCCGCUGUGUUCUGUCCCCAGCAGAGCACCAUGAGCCCCGCUCCUCGCCCUGCUUUUUCUAUGCAGAACCGGCUUGGUGUGUAAAGAGGUUUCUUUAGGAGGUUGUAGAGCUUUUGCUUCCGAGUCUGGAGCAGAGCAGAGCCCCCAUCACCGAGCAGAGCUCGCCCUGGCCCCGUGCCUUGUGCCAUCAGCGCCGGGAAGCUGAGCGGAGCCGGCGCUGCCUUCAAGCCCUUAAGACUCGAGAGGGUUUUGCUCACAGCAUCCCUUGUUUGGGAUCAUUCCCCAGGCUGCUUCCAAAGGUUUAAUGGCCGCAGGGAGGUGGUGGCUCCUCCUGGGCUCCGCUUUUCCCUCUCGCAGUGGUUGAGUUGAUGUUUAGCUUCUCGCCGGUGCUGCAGGGCUCUGCCCAUGCUAACGCAGAGCCUGUCUUUCCAGUCCUGUCAGGGCAAAGUCCAAUCCCUCCCAGGACAUCCUGAGGUGCUUUCCCAAGGGCUGGAACUCUGUGCUUCCUUUGGGUUUGGCCGUUGGCUGUGCCUUGUCCAAAGUGCUUCACGCUCAUGGCACGGAGCCAUUGCUGGUGCUCAAAGAGCAGGGAAUGCUCCAGAGAGGAUGGGAAUGGUGUUCCCGGCGUGCCGAGGGGAUCUCUUCUCACUGUUAAACCUUCCUGCUGCUCCCCCGCUCCCUGGAUAAAGCCAGACCCCCCCAAACCUCUGCUUCCUCCUCAAUAACAGCAGCUUGUCUCUGGAGCGUCGCGCUCUCUUUAUGAUCAUCGAGUCACAACAUGGUUGGGUUGGUUAAAGCUCCUCCAGUUCCAAGCCCCUGGAACACCAGGGCCACCUUCCAUAGAGCAGGUUGCUCCGGCCUGGCCUCAAACACUGCCAGGGAUGGGGCAUCCAAACCUUCUCCCUUCAACCCAUCCCAGUGUCCCAGCACCCUCACAGGGAAGAGCUUCUGCCUGAGAUCCCAUCUUCCCUCUGGCAGGUUAAAGCCAUUCCCCUUGUCCUGUCCCUCCAUCCCUUGUCCAAAGCCCCUCUCCAGGUUUCCUGGAGCCCCUUCAGGCUCUGGAGCUGCUCUAAGGGAUCCCUGUGGUGGGUGCUCAGCACUGACACAGGGACAACGUGCCCACCUUGAGCCAUAGACUCUUCUCUCUAUCGGAGAUACCAUCAGACCAGCAUCUCUCUGCCUUUAAAGGCUCCUUGCUGGGUGUGUGGGACCCCCAACACCAACCUGUGUGUCUGCCCCCCCCCCACUGUGUGUGGGGCCAUGGGGGGGGUUCUCUUUGCAGUGGAAGACCUGGAGCGGAACGAUGGCUCGGCCGAGAAGCCUUAUUUCAUGUCCCCCGACCUGAAGAAGCUCCUGAAGAAGAGGAACAAAGGCCACCGGGACGCGUAGAUCCUCGUCCCUUCCUGCCCUUCUCCUCCUCACCCUGUGAAUGAACCUGAAAUCCCCAUCUUGGGGGGGCAGGCGGGGGCAGUGGCAGCGGGGGGGUCGCUGCAGAGAGGGAUGGAUGGAUGUUCCUAAUGAUUCCACGUGAAAUCCUUGGGAUUGCCAAGCCAAGACCAUUGCGGCCAAUGUCCCACCUCAAGCGCCGCGCUUGAGGAGCGGCCUGAAGCUGGGAUCUGGCUCCACGUGGGCCAAGUUCCAGCUCCCAAUGGAGGAGUUCCAUGGAAAUCCAGCUGGGAAUUCCAGACCGAGCUGAUGGGCUCACGCAGCUCCUCCCCUCGGGAUUUAUUUGCAGCCAUCCCCAAGUCUUGUAUUGCUGGCGUUGAUUCCUACCCGGAGAAGCAGACCCUGCGGAGAUCCCUUCGCUUCUCUUGCUGCCCCUUGUGCUGAGCACCUUUAGAUAAGGAAUCUUGAUAGGAAUAUCACCCGGGAAUGCCGGAGGUGGAGGGGAAAGAUGCGUCUUUUUGCACUGAUUCCUUCCCCUCCAAACCCCACAUUAGAAACCAACUCAUCCUGUAGAGCAGCGCCUUCCCCAACUGCAACCAGACGCUUGGUGAUGGGCGUUGGAAGAUGCUGAUGAAGGACUAAUGUUUGUACCUCUUCUUUUUGGGUUAAGGUUGGGUGGUUUUAAGCAAACCAGAUGCCAAACGAGAGGUUGCCUUACACCCAUCGGUGGCGGGAGGCUGUGGCCACCACCACCAUGGUGCUACAUGAGGCUCCGGUGGGCACCCCAUCAACCACAACCCCUCUUUGCGGCCAAAGCAAGUUGUGCUGAAGGAUGCGUUUGGCUUCUUUUCUCUGUAUCUUUCAGGCACCUUUAGCUCCCUGUAGUGGUUUGUAAAACACAGGAUGUUUUCUAGCUGAAUUCUUCACUGGUUUUGGGGGGGUUUAGGUAUAUUUGGAGCUGUUUCAGCUCCGUUUCUUGUGACAGACGUUGAAAUCUCUACCCGAGACCCAAGUGCGGAGCCGAACGCCUGCGUAGCUCCGAAGCACCGGUUGCAGUGAGGCUCUUUCAGGGCUGGGAUAGAGCUGAAAAGCGAAGGCAGAGGUGAAGGUGGGGCCAAAAGGGAAAGGGAGAGCCAAAAAGAACCAGGGAAUGGGUUGGAAAGGAGCUUAAGAUCAUCCAGUUCCAACCCCCUGCCAUGGGCAGGGACACCUUCCACUAGGUCAUGUCACCCAAGGCUCUGUCCAACCCGGCCUAGUAAAGAGCCAAAAGGAAUAGGGAAAGGCAACGCUAAAACAAGGAGAAUCCUCUUGGUUUGGGACAAAAGUAGGACUAACAAAGGGAAUAACUACAGGCUCUAUUCACGUUACAGCUCUGCCUGCACCCUGAGAACCCGUUUGUUGCAGGCUGGUACCUGAGGAAUGAUGUUGGGUUCCGUUCCUGGCCGGAGCCUUGGCACUGGGGUGACAGUGACUCUCGCUCCUUGACUUUUGUGUCCCAAUGCAGCCACUUUUGGUGGUGGAAACACCAUGGGGAAGGGCAGAGGAUGAUCCAUAACCCCACUGCUUUGCAAGGGCAAUGUUGAGGUUUAAGGUGUCCAUGGGCCUGGCCGGAGGAACCAAGCACAAGGGCUCCUUUCUGGGUUGAGACGCAACUUCUGUCCUUGUAACCCGCAUCCACUCCGCCUCGUCCCCCGCGGGAGGCUGGGGCAUGGAGAACCUCCUCCAAACCCUGCUGCCGAGGGCAGGGCCGAUGUUCCACACAAUAAACUCCUUCUUUUCUAAUGGA